AUGGCCCAAAGACAGCCAAUGAUCACAAAGCGAGUCUGCAAGCUGAAAGAAGUUAAAGAAACAGCUUCAUACAUAGAAGUAGCAAAGGUUCUUGAUGGAAAGGAUACACACCAGGCAAUAAACUAUUUACUGGCAAAUAUCCACUGCUGUAAAAUUGAUGAAAGACUAUUCAGUCUCAUUUUCAGGAAACUCAGACCAUUCUUACGCCAAAUAAUGGAUGCAACAAUAAAGCAAAGAGUAUUCUUUGACAUGAUGAUCUUCAAAUCGUUUGCAAAAAUAUUGCAAUUUUCAGAACUCGCCUAUGAAAGAUUUUUAGAAUAUUUUUCCGAACAGGAUAUUACUGAAGUGUUUGAAAUACUUGGAGAAUGCCAAGAAAAAUCAAAAGAGUAUCUAGCAUGCCUCAUUGAAUGCAUUUUGACAAAGUUUAGACAAUCUGCUAGCUUGUUCAAGGAAAUAGUCUCUAACCAAAUGCUUAAUUUUCAAAACACCCACAAAACAUCCAUAGAUCUAAACUUUGAAUUCAAAAUCAUAUUACAUCUGAUUUCAACAAAUAACUUUGGGGAUAAUCUCAAGGAAUAUUACUCCCAAUUUAUACUGCCAUGUGCUUUGUUCUCGCCCACAGCCAACUUUGAGCCAACAUCAAAGCUGGUUGAUUCAAUUUGCUCAAUAUCACCAGAAUGCCAAAAACUAACGCUGGGAUAUUUUCUGAAAGUUUAUAAUCAGGCAAAUUCGCUACAGCAGGUUAAAAUAGUAGAGCUGACUACAAAGAUCAUUCACUCGAUUUUCUUUUUUCAUUCCAAAAUUUCUGUUGAGUGGGAGUUCUGUGAAAUAUUAAACCAUGCGCUAAAAUCAGAAAGCUAUCUUGUAAUUGACUGUGUUAUUGAGAUGUUUGGAGAUGCUGCAGUGAAAAGGUUUAUUACAGACUGCUUUAAGUCAGUAUUGCCAAGAAUAUUUGAUAAUCUUUAUAGAUUAAGUAAAAGGUUUUGGAGAAACGAGCAGAGAUACAAAACCAUCCAGACGAUUGGAAAUAUUUUGAGGAUAGACUCUGAGGUGUUUGAGGAGUGCUUGGUAAAAUACAAUAAGAAGAGAUUCUACAGUGGGUCUCAAGAUCCAUCAUUGGACGAUGAGAACUUCUUUAUCAAUCAAAUUAAAAGGAUGCAAUAUAAUUUCAAUUGA